UGAUAUAAAUAAUCAUUGCAUUGAGACCAAUCAAACAAGAUCCCACUUGACUAUAUUUUAACUUAUAAAUUAAUAAUAACAUAUAAAUUAAGAGUAAGAAAUAAAUAGUAUCCGAAAAGCAAAUGGAGCAGUGAAUUAAAAUUAAAGAGAGGAUUAUUUAAUCAAUAUGAAAAUUGUGAAUUGAUUAUCAACUAACCUUCUAUUUCCUUGGCGUAUCCUGUAAAUUAUAAAAUUAACAGCAACUUAAGACCCAGAAUGGGCAAUGCACAUAUUAGUUGGAUCUCCCUCUCUUUGUCAGUUGUCAUAUGAUGUAAAAUAUGAUAAAGCAUCCAGGCAGCACCCCCAUUUACCCAACUGUUUCCCUCCGUCUUUCUCUCUCUACAGAUUAUCUUGUUCGUUAUAGCAGUCAUUAGCAUCUAAUACUGUUUCCUAGAUUGCAGUAUGAAUCGCAACUUUAGAGAUUAUAACUCCUCUCUUAUCGCCGCUAGGAAGUAUCCAUCGCAACCACAACACCAUCACAGAGAUCACUGUUUCAAUGACUCCGAUGACAAUCUCCAUCUCUUUUCCCAUUCUCGUCGCACUGCUCCUCUUACUCCUUCCGACGAAUCCCUAGUUUCUAUGAAAUUGGGGAAGAAUUCAGUUGGAUCUGUGAAGCUGCCUGUUAAAAAUGGAUUGGAUGAUCUAUUGGCCUCUACUGAUGGCGGCAAACAUGAUUAUGACUGGCUAUUGACACCUCCAGAAACUCCUCUUCGUGCUGCACCAGAGAGGAGUGAUUUUCAACCAAGCUUAGCCGCUCCAAGAAGAUCUGCGAGUAAAUCAACCUCAACGACUAAACAGUCCAGGCUUUCAACUGGACAGAUGGAUAGCAGCCAUUCCACAAGACCGGCAAGAAGCAGCUCUGUGACUCGCUCUUCUGUAUCUGUGACUGGCAACAAUACUUACUCUUCAAGUAGAUCAUCCAUCUCAAUUCUGAACACAAGUUCUGCCUCUGUUUCAUCUUAUAUAAGACCGUCCUCCCCCAUCAUCCGUUCAUCAUCCUCAUCAAGACCUUCCACUCCUUCUCGAACAACACCCUCACGAUCUUCUAAUCCCUCUAAAACCCGAUCAGCUUCUACUAUCUCUUCUAGUGACAAAAAUCGGCAAUCACAAAACUCAAGGCCUUCAACUCCUACUACUUCUAGAUCUCAGAUUACUUCUAACUCAAAUUUUCCCGUCACUCGAUCAAAUUCUCGUCCAUCAACUCCAACUCGGCGUAGUCCAUCAUCUAACUCAGCAGCACCUAGCCUUUCUGUAUCAACAGGGCGUGUGAAUUCUAAUGGACGCAGCCAGACAUCAACAUCCCGACCUAGCUCCCCUAAUCCUAGGUGUCGAUCACAGCAGAAAGUUAUUCCCUCUGAUUUUCCACUUGAAACACCCCCCAAUCUGAGAUCAACAUUACCAGAUAGACCUCUAUCUGCUGGGAGGUCAAGGCCAGGUGCUUCUCUAACAUCAAAAAUAAACACACAGACCCUAAACUCAGUUAAUAUGCCAAGAAGACCAUCAUCUCCUACUGUGAGUAGGGGUAGGUCUGUUGAACCACAUGGAAGGGGCCAUCUUCCAUCUAAUGGCCACAAUGCUGACAUAUCUGAGCCUCGGAGAUCAGCUUAUGUUUCUGAUUCAAUGAGGAAACCUGUCAAGGCAUCAACAACAAUGGAAAACGGUGGCAUGGGAAGGUCCAUAUCGAAGAAGUCACUUGACAUGGCCAUAAGGCAUAUGGAUAUUCGAAAUGGUUCAGGGAGCAUGCGCCCACUUCCAAAUACGUCCCUGUUUCCUCAGAGCAUCCGUACUGCACCAUCCAAAAUCCAAAUGGUUCAUGGGUCUGGCAGCCCAACAUCUGUCAACAGUAAUGGAAGCCCGUCACUUAGCAAUAAUGAGUCCAUGUUAGAGAGCGGUUCAUAUGCUAAUGGGUUGCAUGGGAUUGGCAAGAUAGAAGAAAAUGGUCGGUUCUUUGGGAGAUUGAGUGUGGCUGACAUGUACGAGAGUACCCGGUAUGAUGCAAUUCUACUAAAAGAGGACCUUAAGAACACAACUUGGUUGCAUAGUGGGGACGAUAUGUCUGAUCAGUGUUCCAUUUUUGAAAAUGGGUUUGAGCACCUGCCAGAGCCUUUUGGCCUCUGAUGAUUGGUACAUUGUUUCACUAUUUUAUAUAUCUGAUUUGAUUGCUUAAAUUAUUUACUCUAUCCUAAGCUUUAUGGUUAUCUCUGCGUAAUUGAACGUCUCUUUUUUGGUUGGAGAAGAGCUGCUGCUGAAUGCUUUGACUGAUUGUUUUGCGAAAAUUGCCUCUGGGCAUCCCAUGUUUCCAAUUGUCUACAUGAUGAAUAUGUAAUUCAUAUUAUACAAAAAUUAUAAUGCCCUGGAUACUUCCCAGGCAAUACUCAUAAACUAGUUCUUUGUAUAUUUGAUUCAUUUUGUGAUGAUAUAAAUUGAUCAUCAUGUUUAUGCACUAGUGUCAAAUUUUUGAAGCAUAUUUUUACUAGGCAUUUUCGAGAAUCAUUAUAAGAUGUGGCACCCAUGAUAGUUAUAGAUAUUUCCAGCCUAAGAGAGAAUUAUGAUUGUUGGGGAAUGGAGAAGUUGUGUAGGAUGGAUCUGGAGAUACAAAUCAGCAUAUGCCAUGUGAUCAUGUAACAUUGAGACUGAGCAGUUGCUUUCUAUGAUCCAUUCAUAUCCCCGGCCAGUUUAUGAUGGUUUAUAAUUUUAUGCUCAGCAGUUGUAUUGUUGGUUGCUUGCUUUUAGGCUUCCUGCUUUUUAGUUUGACUACUUUUUCCUUCCUACUCUUACUUGUCAUGUACUUUCCAAGUUUAUUAUUGGAAAAUUUGACGAUACUUCACUCUUGAACAUGAAUAAUUGAAGUACUGUUAUUCCAAGUGUCACUGAAUUUGCAUAUUUGUGUUAUUAACAACUGUGAAGUUUGUUCCUUAAUGGUCGUUUUUGUGUGUUUGACAAGGACACAUCCACAAAGGGCAGUUUUUUAGACAAAUAUUCAAUGUUAUGUUAGGUAUUGAAUACCACCUCUAUUCUAAACUCUUUAAAAUUGAAUUACUUCUAUGAUUGCAGACAUAUGCUGCAGCAAUCAAGCCUGAUGAUAAAUAAUACUCAUAAUAAUAGUUUGGAUUGCUCAUUUAUGGAUAAGAAAUGAAAUAAUCUUAGUCCUCAUCUCAAGAUCAUGACUCGUGAAAUGAAGUUUUGGUUAAACAUAUGAUCCAAAUCCACAUGAGUGCUGUGUGUAUACUAUGAGUGUCCAUUUUCUAUGGGAUUGGUUAUUGAUAGCCGGUAGCAGGUAGAGGUAGGUAUCUGGUAUCCCAAGAUGAAUCGAAACAGAAAUACUCGUAUCGCAUGUCAAACAUUGCUAGUAUUAGGCUAGUAGCUUCAUCCUGCCCAUUACAUUGAGAAUGGUAAUAUGAAUUGAGAGGUGGGUGCAGUAGGUCCAAAUUCAACUACUUCAAAUAAAGCUCUUUAAUAAUACCUUUUUAGAUCUAGUACUUACUUACUAAAUGACUAGUGAUCAAAAGGUCAACCAAUCAGUCCAUUUUCACUGUUGAGUCAUGGCCAGUCUGCUACUUCUUUUGAGGUGGGUGCAGUAGAGUUUAAUAAAGAAUAUUUAGAUUCUCAAUUUUGAAGUAAGGAUGAACAUGCUAUGCUAGACAGUCACUUGACUUUUUUUUUUUUUUUUGUUUUGGCUGUAGCUUCAUAGUUCAUCACUUGAAUGGACACUUGACUAUUUUAAUAUUAUUUUAAGAAUUUGUGAGUAAAGUACAUUAGUUAGUUCAUGUAAUAUAUGUUACAUUCGAUGUAAAAUUAUUAGUUCCAGAAGGUAAAUAUUUAUUUACAAAUAAUACAAGU